AUGAAGAGCUUCUCAAAGCUUGCAGGCGCGGUUGCGCUGGGAUGUUUUGCGGUUGAGACUGCGGCGAGGGCUGUGGGGUAUUCGCCUCAGCAGUGGAUUAAGCCGUAUAAGAGAGAGGCUUUGCAAGAUAUCGUCACAUGGGAUGAAGACUCGCUCUUCGUACAUGGAGAACGCAUCUUCCUGUACUCUGGCGAGGUUCAUCCGUACAGAUUGCCGGUACCUGAUCUCUACUCCGAUGUCUUCCAGAAGAUCAAGGCUCUUGGGUACAAUGGUGUUUCAUUCUACGUGGACUGGGCAUUGCUUGAAGGCAAGCCCGGUGUUUACCGUGAGGAGGGUGUCUUCGAUCUAAAGCCAUUCUUCGAUGCUGCACAAGAAGCUGGCAUUUACCUCAUCGCCAGACCGGGUCCAUACAUCAACGCCGAGGUAUCUGGUGGAGGCUUCCCCGGAUGGAUCCAAAGAGUCAACGGCACGCUGAGAACGCGUGCGCCUGACUUCUUGGAGGCGACCGACAACUACAUGAAGAAUGUGUUGGCGACAAUUGCGCCUGCGCAAAUCACCAACGGCGGACCAAUUAUUCUCGUUCAGCCCGAGAAUGAGUACACACAGGCCACUUCGGCUAUCAAGCCUUUCCCAGAUCCGGUCUACAUGCAAUAUGUCGAAGAUCAAAUUCGCGACGCCGGUAUUAUCGUGCCUUUGAUCAGCAACGAUGCCUCCGCCAAGGGCAACAAUGCUCCCGGUCAACCUGCAGCUGUUGACAUUUACGGGCAUGACGGCUACCCUCUUGGAUUCGACUGUGCCAAUCCUACCACAUGGCCAGACGGCAAUCUUCCAACAAACUGGCAUCAGCUCCACGAGCAGCAGAGCCCCACUACGCCUUACUCCAUCGUUGAGUUCCAGUCUGGCAGCUUCGACCCAUGGGGCGGGCCAGGUUUCGACAAAUGUGGCAUUCUAGUCGGCGCAGAGUUCAACCGUGUCUUCUACAAGCAACUGUACAGCUUUGGUGUCACGAUUCUGAACUUGUACAUGACUUACGGUGGCACGAACUGGGGUAACCUUGGUCAUCCCGGUGGCUAUACUAGCUACGACUACGCUGCACCGAUCAAGGAAGACCGUCAAGUCGACCGCGCGAAGUACUCCGAGCUAAAGCUCCAGGCAAACUUCUUCAAGGUCAGCCCUGCGUACCUCACGGCUGCACGUGGCAAUGCUUCGACUUCCAAGUGGACUACCAGCAGUGACCUUAGCGUUACUCCCGCCACCAACGAGAAGACGACAUUCUACUUUGUCAGGCACUCAAAGUACAACUCGCUAGAUUCCACAGCCUACAAGCUCAACGUUGCAACGUCGACAAUGGGCAACAUUACUGUACCCCAAAUGAACGGCACUUCGCUGACGCUGAACGGCCGCGAUUCCAAGAUCCACGUCAGCGACUACGAUAUUGGCGGCACCACCCUUGUCUACUCUACUGCGGAAGUCUUCACUUGGCACAAGUAUGAAGACAAGACUGUCUUGGUUGUAUACGGUGGACCUGGAGAGACUCACGAGUUGGCCCUUGCUGCUACUGGACUGGAAGUCGUCGAAGGCGAUGUCAAGAGCAUGACUACUAGUGGAGUCACAGUUUUGAACUUCAAGGCUGAUGGAGGUAGAAAGGUGGCAAAGGUUGGAGCUGACAGCCCCAUCUACGUCUACAUGGUCGACCGCGUCGAAGCCUUCAACUACUGGGCUGUCGAUCAGGCACCCCACGACUCGUCCAACCCUGUUAUUCUCAAGGCAGGCUACCUGAUGCGCACUGCCAAGGUCACUGGCGAUACCCUCGCCCUCACUGGAGAUCUCAAUGCUACAACCACUGUCGAGGUUCUUGGUGGUGCAUCAUCUGAUGUGUCCAAGAUGACCUUCAAUGGCCAGGAUAUCGACUUCACCACCUCCGAGCAAGGAACUUUGUGCGCCGACAUUGAAUUCACCAAGCCAGAUGUCAGCCUACCCAAACUCAGCGAACUCGAGUGGAAGUACGUCGACUCGCUUCCUGAGAUCCAACCCGGAUACGAUGACAGCGAGUGGACUGCGGCCGAUCUGAAGAAGACGUACAACUCUCUGCGUCCCCUUGACACCCCCGUAUCGCUCUACAGCUCCGACUACGGCUACCACACAGGCACACUCCUCUUCCGUGGCACAUUCACUGCGUCCGGAAACGAGACAACCUUCAACCUCACCACCCAAGGUGGCUCAGCAUUCGGCUCAUCCGCCUGGAUUGGCGACCAAUUCCUCGGUUCAUGGCGCGGAUACGACGCAGCCCUAAACGGAAGCGCUACAUUCACCAUGCCCAACCUGACCAAGGGAAAGAAAUACACCAUCACGGUCGUAGUCGACAACCAAGGUCUCGACGAAAACUGGACCAUCGGCACCGAGACAAUGAAGAACCCGCGCGGUAUCCUAGACUACAAGCUAUCUGGCCACGACGCCUCCGACAUCAGCUGGAAGCUCACCGGCAACCUGGGUGGAGAAGAUUACCGCGACAUAUCGCGCGGUCCCCUCAACGAAGGCGGUCUCUUCGUCGAGCGCCAGGGUCUGCACCUCCCCGGUGCUCUCUCCGCCACCGACGCUAAAUGGACUGCUUCCGCCGGCCCCGUCGCCGACGGCAUCUCCGCUCCUGGAAUCGGUUUCUUCGCCACGGAAUUCGAUCUCAACAUGCCAGCUGGCUAUGAUAUCCCGCUUAGCUUCACUUUCACCAACGGCACUUCUUCUGGUAACAGCAGCAGUGGAGGUUCGAGUGUUCCUGCGUACCGCGUCCAGCUUUACGUCAAUGGCUGGCAGUAUGGCAAGUAUGUUAGCAAUGUUGGGCCGCAGGUCAAGUUCCCUGUUACGGAGGGUAUUCUGAACUACAACGGAACGAACUAUCUGGGUGUCUCGCUUUGGGGACUUGAUGGUCGCGCGACGAAGGUUGAGGGCUUGGAGUUGGAGGUUGAUGCGGAGAUUUGGAGUGGGAUGAAGAAGGUGGGGACUGUCAUGGGGAUGGAGUAUGAGAAGAGGGAGGGGGCGUAUUGA